UAGACUUUCUGAUUUCAAUUCGGUACCCCUUCAUUUCUUGUCCUCUCUUUUCUAGAAAAUCAAUUUUAUUCUAUCUGCAUUUGAUUACUGAAAUUCUGUACAACAAGUCUAUAUACUUAAGUCUAAAAAAUUACAAAGAGAAAUUGCUAGAAUAUCUUGCUCUAGUUUGAUCUAACACUCAAUCUCAAAAGUCUCCAGUUUUGAUUUAAUCCUUCGUAUAUUUUCUGCCAAUUUGGUUUCUUGUUUUAGUUUAGCAUUUUAAAAUAUGACAAUUCCAUCAAUUUGGAUAUGAAAUACUUCUUUCUUUAUGAAAGAGACUUUAUUGAUGCAGGUUUCAUCAAAAUUUUUCCUAACAUUAAAAGAGAUUUAAAAAUUGGUGAUUCAAAUUAAAAUUCUAACUAUUUGAACCUUUUCAAAGGAAUGAAAGCCUGAUUCACCAAACUGUGCAAGUCUCCAAUAAAAGUGUUCUGUGAAGAACACCAUAUUUUUCUGUGUUACGGAUGCAACGAUAGAUAUCAUGAUCAAUGUAGAGUUUCUUUUAUUGUCGAUUCACAAAGAAUCACUGAAAAUAUUGCCACCCAAAGAAAUGUAUUAAAGAAAAUGGAGGAAGAUCAGAAAAGACUUCAACUUGAUAAGCACAUCAAUGGGAUAGAAGAGUUUAUCUUAAAGUAUCAGAAAAAGAUAAACGAUAUUCAGACUAGUCUCCAGAAUUCUAUAAAGCAAGACCAGUGUUUGGAAUAUGAGCGUUUACUGCAAUCUAUUUUGAAGUUAAAUAGAGCUUUUAAGGCUGAUAUUAUUUAUCAGCAAUAUUCUGACUUUAUCAUAAAGUUUAAGGCUACAAAUAAAGAUUACAUUGAAUGUAUAGAUGAACCUCCAAAUGAAACUCAGAAAUCAGACUACUCUUCCAUCAGCCAAGAGGACUCAGAAAUGUCUGAUGAUUUAUUAGAAGAGUGGGACCAGAAUAGAGAUUUACAGCAAAUAUAUGAGAGAGUGAUGGAAUGUGAAGCUCAUAUAGACAAACUACAAAAACUGAAGAUUGAUUUGAGUGAUGUUUGAGAUAUUCAGUUGAUUGAAAAGAUUAAUGAAAAAAACAUACAGAUAGAAAAUCUUGAAUCAAUUUCAAUUUGCAAUUGUGAAGAAAACAAAUUAAUCUUAUCUUAUUUUCUGCUUUCUUCAAAGCAGAAAAAUAUUAAUACACUCAAACUUAGUUGAGGUUCAAAUUGAGCAUGGGAAGAUUGAGAGAUAAGAUCAAUCUUAGGGUCCCUCAUAUCUUCAAUGAUAUCAAUGAAACCAAAAGAAGUUUAUUUAGAUGGUUGGAGAAUCAACUCAUCUGAACUUUCGAAAUUACUAAGGGCAUGAUCAGAGUGAGAGUCAAUAUUUAUAACUAAAGCAAAUUUGGAAAUUGUUGAUGAAAUCGAUCUGGGUAAAGAUAUAAAUUUUAAGUGCAAAGAAUUAGAGUUUAGCUCUUAUAUGACAGGUGAAUUCAACACAUUAAUGAGCCAUAUCCUGAAAGGAAUCAGCAAAUCCUCCCUUAAAACCUCUCUUCGAGAGAUUCGGCUUGGAAAAGACAGCACACCUGAUCUCUCAUCCCUGGAAUCCACAGUGAAAUCCCUUGGCCUAUCCCACAUAAGUUUCCUUGAAGUUUCUAAAUUAUUCUAA